GUCUAAUUUCGUUGCUUAAUUUUUAAAUGAAACCAUCCAUUUGCAUUCGAAACUAUCCUCAAGUUAACCCUGCACGUUUUACUUUUACACUUGAAAUAAUAAUAAAAAGAAGAGGAGCGUUGCUGUGUCAGCGGGUAUAAGAGGCUCUCCAGGGGUAUAUAUGGAAAUAAGAAAAUUCUCAGUUUGAAUUUCAAAUAUGUUUCCGUUGGCCAACGGGCAAGAAUUCCCCCAGGUACAUUCUGCAUCUUUUGCUUCUUAUACAUUCUAAUGCCGCCGUCUUUAAGAGCCAUAGAGAAAUACUAACUUCCAAAGAGAGAGAGAGAGAGAAAGAGAGAGAAUGGAGAGGCCAGUAACAACCGUUUCUGUGAUGGAGGCAUUUGAGAAACUAGAGAAGGUUGGGGAGGGAACUUACGGAAAGGUGUACAGAGCAAGAGAGAGGGCAACCGGCAAGAUCGUUGCCCUCAAGAAGACUCGUCUCCACGAAGAUGAUGAAGGUGUCCCUCCCACAACUCUCCGCGAGGUCUCCAUCUUGCGUAUGCUCUCUAGGGAUCCUCACGUUGUCAGAUUGAUGGACGUCAAACAAGGCUUGAACAAAGAAGGGAAGACAGUGCUCUACCUGGUUUUUGAGUACAUGGACACUGAUCUUAAGAAAUAUAUUCGAAGUUUUCGCCAAACUGGAGAGAAUAUUCCUCUGAAAAUUGUCAAGAGCUUGAUGUAUCAACUGUGCAAGGGAGUUGCUUUCUGUCACGGGCAUGGAAUCUUACACAGGGAUCUUAAGCCUCACAACCUCUUGAUGGACAGAAAGACAAUGAUGCUUAAGAUUGCAGAUCUUGGACUAGCUCGAGCAUUUACUCUUCCUAUCAAAAAGUAUACUCACGAGAUAUUGACCUUGUGGUACAGAGCACCUGAAGUGCUGUUAGGGGCUACCCAUUACUCAACUGCUGUGGACAUGUGGUCUGUUGGUUGUAUAUUCGCUGAAUUGGUCACAAAGCAAGCACUUUUCCCCGGGGAUUCUGAACUGCAGCAGCUCCUCCAUAUUUUCAGGUUCUGUAUCUGUCAUUUUAAUGUGGUGGCAAGGCCUUUUUCCUGCUUUCUACUAUAUCUUCUCUUAUUCUUUUCUAUACUCGGUUGCAGAUUACUAGGUACUCCAAAUGAGGAGGUGUGGCCAGGGGUGAGCAAACUGGUCAACUGGCAUGAGUAUCCCCAGUGGAGUCCCCAGAGUCUUUCAACAGCUGUUCCUAAUUUGGAGAAGGAUGGGUUGAAUCUAUUGGCACAAAUGUUGCAGUAUGAACCUUCAAAGCGUAUCUCAGCAAAGAAAGCUAUGGAGCAUCCUUACUUUGACGAUCUGAACAAGGUUGUUCUCUGAAGAAACACGAAUAUAGGUUGAAUGACAAACGUUGGCAAAUCUUUUUCUGACUUUUCAAGACCAGCAAUAGAAAUUUUCUAUUGAAAAUCUAUUUGCUUCCCUCGAGCAUAUGCAUGCUUCAGUGAUGUAAUGUCUUGUCACGGUUACUUAACUUCGCAAUCUAACAUUCAACUCCUCUUGGUUCAUUUAAAUUAUUUUCCGUUAUUCCCAAGCAA